CGAUAAACCGAUUUUUUUUCUUAAAACCUCCCUCCCCCCCACUUCCCGAACUCGGAUGGAGUGGAAUUUUUAUUUUUUUCCAUUUUUAGCAUAUUCUCUUCCAUUUCCAAUAGGUUUCAUUCUACUAUAAAUUUCUUUUACUUUUUACCUUUAUUAGAGGUAUCUGCACUGGCCUAAUUACGGACGCGCCGCGCGGUGAUAACAGCACGUAUUGAUUGCAUUUCCGCAUUAUUCAUUGAAAUAGGAAUUUAGAGUGUUUAAAAAUUGUUUCCACGAUGUCUGGACGUCGAGGUCGGUCAAAGAAAAUGCUUGAUUUUGUAUGUAAGUAUCUACAUUUUCAUAAGUUAUUGUCUAAUCAAAUCAAAUAAACAGGAAAACAAAGGUGAGAUUGUAGAAAGGGUAGUAGGUAGAGCUUGUCUAAUUUGAAAUGACGCGUGCUAGUUUUGAAUUAUUUUAGAUAAAUCUGUAAGUGCUAAUUAACAACAUUUUGUCAUUGUGCGAGCAUCAAAUGAUUGACUAUUUAUAAUUGUGUAUACACGUAUGUCGCGUACAUAUUUGAAAUUCGCUUGUAUUCGUUAAUUCACGAUAGUGGCGCACGUCAUUUCAAGUUAGACAAGCUCUACCUACUUACCUAUAAGACAGCCGCUGUGCAAAAUUUUAGGUAAGUAAGUUAUCGAACUCGGUGUUGAAUAUCUACGGCCCCGCUGUGAUAGCACAGUGCUAUACACCAUUUCAACGCCUAGUUCGAGAUCGAGACAUUAUACCUACUUAGUAAUUAUUGUUGUGUUUGUUGUAUUCGUUGACAGAAACAAAUAAUUAAGUAAUAUUUAGUAGAAUAGCGGCUGUCUACCAGUGCAUAGGUAUGUUCUUAAACAGUUAUCCAAAAAAUCUUUAAUAGUAGUAGGUAGGUAGGUAAGUAUUUAUAUCUACUUUUUUUAAAUUUUUAUUAAGUAGGUAUGGGUGGUAAGUUGUGUGUUUUCUAGGGGAGGCCAUGUCUAGCUAAUCUACCUGGGUACCUCUAUACGGCAAGGCGCCUUUAAUUUUUUUAAAUAAAUGUGGAUUUAAGUAUUAAUUACAGUUUCAGGUUGUGAACACAAUGAAUCUCACACAGCAAAUAGAAAUGACGAACUUUUUCCUCGUAACACAAACAACCAACGGAAUAUCGAAGAGACCGAGGUAGCAAGUUCAGAUGACAAACUACAUGCGUCGCAUUCAAUUCAAAUAAGAAAGAACCAGUUUUUAAGAACUAGUAGUAAAACUACGAGCUACCGAGAAAUUGUGUCAGCUGAUGAAAAUGAAGAACCUUUCUCUCCAGCAGUGUCUGAGUAUACCUAUAUACCUACAGAAAAUUCAAGUCGGUUUUCUAGUCCAGUACGUAGCUUUAAUACUUCAGCUUCGUCUGCGUUGGUGCGAGAUGUAACAAUAGCGAUAACAGCUGAUUGCGUUACUCCUUCAUCUAGACCACAAAAUCUCUUUCAAUUUAGUACUCCCGAAUUUAGCCGUCAAAUCGAUUUUAUUGCAUCUCCGUCUAUUGUUUAUAAGCAUAAUAUAGAAAAUGAAAAAACUAAUAAUAGCCCUGAUCGUGAGUUUGAUGGCAUUUAUUCUUUACUAGUAGAUAAUUGUGAUGAUACUAUUCGAUAUGAGACCAACGCAGAAGCUAUUUUAAUUGAAAACACUCACGAAAUUCAUAAUGUAAAUGAUGACAACAUCAAAGUUUAUAUGGAUCUUUCUGUACCAAGUAAUCAACUCUCUGUAGCAACAACUGACAUUGAAGACAUACAAAAUAUAUACCAGCAAAGUUUUUCACAACCGGGCACAAGUUCUGAUCCUGGAAACACUUUUCCAAAUCUAAAUACGAGCAACCUAUUAACUGAUGACACCACUACAAAUACUUGUAGCACUACAACUACUGUUAUUGGGACUAGUCAAUCGGUAGAAAGAGAAACAAACUCAUGUCAUGCUGUACUGACGUCAGAAAGUAAAUCUAAACCAAGAAAGAGGGAACGUAACUUAGAUAAUUGGGCUAAACCUAAAAACAAAAAAUUAAAAAACAAUGGUCUUGAAUAUGUAAGUGUCAACAACAAAAAAGUUCAGCCACGUAAAGAACUGGGUAGUGCUUGUAACUGUAAGAUGCAAUGCUCCACACAAUUCACAGAAGAUAUUCGUUCUGAGCUAUUUCAAUAUUACUGGGCUAUAGGAAACCAUGAAAAGCAAUGGCUUUUCAUUUUAAAAUAUUUAGAAGUUGAAGAACCCAAAGUUAUAAAAGUGCAAAGAAAGCGGGAUAGAUCACGUACACUACUUUAUUACUUGCCAUUAAAGAGGGACAGCGAAGUUACAAAAGUUAGAGUCUGCAAAGUGAUGUUUAUAAAUACUCUAGGUAUAUCAGAGAAAUCUGUAUACUCGGCGAUGAAUAAAUUUACAAACAACCUACAAAUAACCGAUUUACGCGGCAAGCAUGCUAGCCGUCCUCUUAAAACCAGUGAUGAAACGGAGCAAGGAGUUAUACAACAUAUAAAGUCAUUUCCGUGCAUUGAGUCCCAUUAUUUGCGAAAACAAACUAGUCGACAAUAUCUCGCUUCUGAUCUAAGUUUAGCAAAAAUGCAUAGAUUGUACUUAUGUUGGGCAUCGGAAAAUUUACAUGGUGUAAAAACGGCGAGCUUGUACCAAUAUAGCAAUAUUUUUAAUAGUAAAUUUAACCUGUCUUUUUUUAAACCGAAAAAGGACUUGUGUCAAAUAUGUAGUAUAUACGAAAAUGCUGAUAAUAAUCAUAAAAAAGACUUGCAGGAAAAUUAUGAAAAUCAUUUGAAGAAUAAAUCUCUAGUGCGCAAAAUUAAAGAUGAUGAAAAAUCUUCAUCGGACCCUAAAACGAAAACUGUCGCUGUAUUUGAGUUAGAGAAAGUAUUAAAUUUGCCGCAGUCUAACGUCGGAAUAUUUCACUAUAAAAGGAAAUAUCCCGUCUACAAUUUUACCAUUUAUAAUUUACUAUCUUUACAAGGAUAUUGCUAUUUGUGGCACGCACAGAUAGCUAAGAGAGGAGCUAACGAAAUUUCUAGCUGUCUUUUUGACUUUUUUAAAAAGGAAGCUGAUCGUGGUAUUAAAUUUAUAUCAUUAUAUUCAGAUAAUUGCUCAGGUCAAAACAGAAACCGCUUUGUAUUUGCGAUGUACAUUUAUGUAUCUCGUACUCUAAACUUAGAUAUAACUCACAGAUUUUUACAAACAGGACACACGCAGAAUGAGGGGGACUCUAUGCACGCUUGUGUAGAAAAAAAUUAAAAA